UGUAUCCCGGAAGCUGCUGGCGCUUCACUUCCUGUUGACAGGCGGGAAGAGCAAACCUCUGAUCCCUAUCUAUUUUGUUGCGUACUAAUGCCAAUUUGUAGUUUGGAGUAUUAUCUGUAUUGAAGUGUUGAACACCUUUCUCUCCACGGGUGCACUUCUGAUGUGCAGAUUCUUUUCUAUUUGCAGCGGGCGGGGUCACAUCGUGCAGCAGCUCCAAGUUCCGGAUAGCUCCCUCUCUGUAUAGGACGACUUCUAUAUUACCCUCUACUAUCCAGCAUCCCAUGGAAGAGAAUCCCGCGGUAGAUUCAGGUGGAGGUGCUUCUGGUCUUAGCACUGGGGCUCCAGCCAUUGCACGUCCAAUGCCACCAACUAGAAGCUACGUCACCAUGAUCGACAUUCGCUGCCCUGGCCCCAGGCCCCUUCGCUUGGUGGAAUGGAAAGUAACGCCGGGGACAGCGGUGAGGAUGGGUUCGGUAUUGGCACUGUGUGUCCCGGUGGCUGAAAGAGGAGCUGGCCAGAAUCAUAGGUCACAGAGACCAGUGGAAAGGAAAGUCAAGUCUGACCGAGUUGGAGUUGUUCAGGAGUUAUGCGGACAACCGGGACAAGUCUUCCCUCCGGGUGGAGUUUUUGUCAGGCUUCAGGGAUGUUGCCAUCCAGUCGUCAUGAAAGGCAUGUGUGCAGAAUGUGGCCAAGACCUCACACACCCACAGAGCAAAAAUGGCAGGCAACAAGCUCAACGAUCCACAGCAAGUGUUGCUAUGGUUCACAGUGUCCCCGAACUAAUGGUUAGCUCGGAGCAAGCUGAACAACUGGGAAGGGAAGAUCAACAGCGGCUACAUCGAAACCAGAAACUGGUAUUGAUGGUAGACUUGGACCAGACUUUGAUACACACCACAGAGCAACAUUACCAACAGAUUUCCAACAAGGGAAUAUUUCAUUUCCAGCUAGGACGAGGAGAACCAAUGCUUCAUACUCGACUACGUCCCCAUUGCAAAGAGUUUCUAGAGAAAAUUGCCAAAUUGUAUGAAUUGCACGUGUUUACCUUCGGUAGCAGACUGUAUGCACACACGAUAGCAGGAUUUUUGGAUCCAGAAAAGAAGCUGUUUUCACACAGAAUUUUGUCCCGUGAUGAAUGUAUCGACCCAUUCUCAAAAACUGGGAAUCUUAGAAACCUUUUUCCUUGUGGGGAUGCAAUGGUUUGUAUCAUUGACGACAGAGAAGAUGUUUGGAAAUUUGCACCAAACUUAGUAACAGUGAAGAAGUAUGUGUACUUUCAGGGCACAGGAGAUAUAAAUGCACCUCCUGGGUCGAAGGAGGCUCAAAUGAGAAAGAAAGUUAACCAUUCUUCCAAGUCAUCGGAGUUGCCAGAUCCAGCAGUCGCUGCCUCUAGGGUUUCUGAAGAAUCCAAAAGAAUACCUGUCGAAGAACAGAGCAAUGGAAUUGAAACGCCUACAGAGGAACAAAAUGGCACCACAGCUGAUGAUGUAGAAUCAAAAUCUGACAUCAAACUUAGUGAUAAUGCAGACAAAAUAUUAACUGUAAAUGAAACCAGUUCCCUCAGUACGGACACUGUCAAAAUACAAAAUCCAGUGAAUGUAAGGGUAACCUCACCUUCUGUAGAUCAAGAUAGCAGGACAUUACAAAGUAAAACUGUAGAACCUGCCAAGGAUAAAAGUAGCAAAACAGACAUGGAUUUUGAUUUGUCCAGUGAUAGUGAUAAUGAAUCAGUUGGAGGAAAAGCUACCUUGCCUUCUUCUGAUUCUGACAGUGAAAAUGGAGAAAAGAGGAGCUGGAAGAGGUCUACAAACCCAACAAACGAUGGUGCUGUCCAAGAAGUGAGCAGUACAGAAAUCCAAGAAGAAAAGGAAGACAGGAUAAACCAUUCUGGGGACCAUGGUCCUGAGACUGACUCAGAAGACAAGCCUAACAGGGCUCAGUCUGUUAACGAACAGGAUGGGCUUCAUGAUUUGGGGAAUGGAUGCUCUGAUAAGAAGGAAGCAGAGACUGAAUCUCAGAAUAGUGAGCAGUCUGGGGUAACAAUGGGGGAGUCUUUAGACCAAAGUGUGGAAGAAGAGGAAGCUGAAGAUGAUGCUGAUGAAGAUGAUCAUUUAAUUUACUUGGAGGAGAUUUUAGUUAGGAUACAUGGAGAAUACUAUACACAGUAUGAAAAAUACAUUAGCAAGGAGAUUUAUGAAGUGCCUGAUCUAAGGAGAAUUGUCCCAGAACUGAAAAGCAAAGUUUUGGAAGGUUUAACGUUAGUAUUUAGUGGUUUAUACCCUACAAAUUACCCCAUUGAAAGGACAAGGGAAUAUUAUCAUGCUACAACCCUUGGUGCAAAAGUGAACAGAAAUCUGAUCUUAAAGCCAGAUGAUCCAAACAGAACAAGUCAUUUAAUUGCUGCCCGACCAGGUACAGAAAAAGUACGCCAGGCUCAGGGUUGCAAACAUCUCUGUGUUGUAAACCCUGAUUGGCUUUGGAGUUGCUUGGAACGCUGGGAGAAAACUGAAGAGCUGCUGUUUCCAUUAAAAGAAGAUUACAUCAAAACACAGAGAUGUAACAGUCCUGCUACAUUUCCAGAUAUACAAAGUGCUUUUCAGACUGCCUUGUUUCACCCAACUCCCAUCCAUCCAAAGGUGCAGCCUGGUCCUGAAGUUCGAAUUUAUGAUCCCAGUACAGGAAAGCUCAUCAGAAAGGGCUCUCAGUCUUCUACACAGUCUCCAUUUAUACAAGCACCAGCACCACCAGUUACAUUACCAGUCCAUGGAGAGCACUCAUCAUUCAGAGUUGUACAACCCCAUCAACAACAGAUGCUGGAUGAUGAAGAAUUGUCAGAUACUCAAGAAGAUGACCAGCCUGGUCCAUCUCGAAGGAAGAGACAGCCCAGCAUGUCUGAAACAAUGCCACUGUACACUUUAUGUAAAGAAGACCUGGAGAGCAUGGACAGAGAGGUAGAUGACAUUUUAGGGGAAGAAAGUGAAGACAGUGGGAGUGAAAGAGAUAAAGCAGAAGAAAAGGAAGAAGCAAGUGAGCACUUGCAUAGUAAGGCAACAGAGGAGUUAGGAACGGAAAUUGAACACAGUCGAGAGUCAUCAUCGAGUGAAGGAAGCUUGACGGCCAGUGUUCCAAGGGGACAUAAGCGCAAGUUGGAGGAAGUUGAUGCUGCUAGCCAGUCCAGUAAAGGAUCAAGUAAUGAUGAUGAUGAGGGCAGUAGCUCAGAGGCUGAUGAAAUGGCAGCUGCUCUUGAAGCGGAGCUCAAUGACUUCAUGUGAUGCUCUCAUUUGAUUGCAUAUAUUAUACUUAAUGUAACAGAUCACAGACUUUAACAGAGCUCCAAAAUAUAUUGUUUUUUUAAAGAUACAUCUGUAUAUUAUGCCAGAAGCAAAAAAGGGUCUGCAUUAUUUUACAGCACAGGAGAGUUAUUUUAAAAUAAUUAAAAAUUUUAUGAAGUUAUAUAACUUUUUUUUAGGAAUGGGAACUGGAUUAAAGUUGGUUUGUUAUGCCAAAGACAUACAAAAAAAAAAUAUA